AUGGAUCAAGAAGAAGUGGAAACACAUCGGUUUCAUCAGCUUCAAAAUUCCUUCUUAUCUACGAUCGAUCAUCUUCCAUGCGACAUUGUCCGAUCACUUUGGUUGAUCCAAUCGUGUAACAUUCAAAUUGAUAAACUCAAGCACCAAUUGCAUACCCUACUACAGAAAUACCAAACCACAACAAGUAUCGUGCAGAAUGAAGUUGACCAAAUAUUUGGGCUAAAGCAACGCAUACGACAUUUGUUCAAUGAAACGAUACAGGAAGGCAAAACAUUGAAUAAUCAAAUGAUCAUUCACAGGAUACAUUUAGAAGAUGAGGUUAGUCAGUUACAUACUGUCAAGGACAAGCUGGUGGUUCUAAUGGAUGAUCAAGAGUCACGCGACACAUUGCGUAAACAGUUGAAACAGCAUUACAAAGACCAUCCAUUAGUCUCCCAAGUUGAGGCAGUUGAGCAACAAAAAUAUUCCCAAAAGGAACGAAAAAGCGUCUCCGCUAAAUCGGGUAUUAAGUUGGUGUUACGAAUACCAAAACAGGAUGAGGUUGUGAAGCCAAAAGGAAAACACGUGAUAAAAACGGUUGCGUCUCAGCUGAAACCUAAACCAGCAAAUGUAAAGAAUUCAGACGUGGUUACAAAGAAACACACAAAACGUAUGCGAAAAGAGGAGAUUGUUCCACAAGCGGAGCCAAUUGAAGAAGGUGAGGAUGACGACGACAAAAGGUACUGUUUUUGUAAGCAGCCUUCUCUUGGUGAUAUGAUUGCUUGUGACAAUGAAUCAUCAUGUCCCAACGGUGAAUGGUUUCAUUAUAAAUGCGUUGGAUUGUUGAAUCGUGUAGAUGCUUUGAAGUACACGACGGGAAAAAUACCGUGGUAUUGCUCAGAAGGGUGCAGAAAAGUAGGCGAGGCAGAGAAAGCAAGGCAGAAAGAGAUGAAAAAACGCAAGAGAAGACGCAAGUGGUAA